CCGGGACUGCGCCGAGCGGGGCUUUGGCAGCAGAGCUUGCGGGUUCUGCUGUCUGGAUUCGCGUGCGGCUGUCGCGAUGUUUUACUCCCAGGCCGGCGCCCGGCCACGGACGUGGGAAACCAGUCCCCCAGAGCACAAGAAGUGGGUGGAAGUAUUUAAAGCAUGCGAUGAAGAUAACAAAGGCUAUCUAAGCAGAGAGGACUUUAAAGUUGCUGUUGUAAUGCUGUUUGGUUACAAGCCAUCCAAGAUAGAAGCUGAUUCUGUGAUGUCGUCAGUAGAUCCAAACACUUCUGGGAUACAACUUAAGGAGUUUUUAGACAUCAUAAGGAAAAAGAAGGAAGCUCAAGUGUAUUGCAAUGAAGUAAGACACAUCUUCACGGCUUUUGACAGGCACUAUCGUGGAUAUUUAACUCUGGAAGAUUUCAAGAAAGCAUUUAAGCAGGUGGCUCCCAAGUUAUCAGAAAGGAUUAUUCUUGAGGUAUUCAGGGAAGUAGAUCAAGACUCAGAUGGUCAUGUCAGCUUUAAAGACUUUGAAUAUGCCGUGAACUCCGGACAAAAGGGAUCUUCCCAACUGAGGGACUGAACCCGACUCCUGCUUGGCAGGCGGAUUCUUCACCCAGAGCCACCUGGGAAGCCUACAAUGUAUGAUUAGCAGUCAUCAAAAUCACCAUCCAAAGAUGGCCCUAGGGCACUGGCUGAGUAAGACUGAGAGACAGAGUGGGCUGUGAUUAGUAAGUCUGUUCCAGCUGUACACAGAGGAGGAACAGGGUGCAGCAAGGAUUUGGGAGCAAAAACUUAUGUGCAGAAUCCAUUAGAAUGGCCUGGGCCUGGGGUUCCACAGCAGAAGAGCAAGCCCUGGGCUGCUCUCUCCUGGACUCUGACUGGUUCUGGAAGGUUCUUCCCUGCACCAAGGGUCUUAGCCAUCUGUGUUCCUGUUCUCCAUGCUCUGCCCAUCCACACCUGGGAUCUAGGAACUGUGACCCUGGACAUUCAGCACUUAUUUUAAAUAAAUCCUCCUAUCAAUACUAAUAUUUUAUCUGUAAGUGUUCAGAAUGCCAAACAUUAACAACACUGUGAAAACAUCUCAUUUAAGUCAAAUUUCAGAAGGAUUAAAGCUCAAAGAAAAAUGUAAAUUUGUCACAUAGAAACAUUAACCAAGCAUCUUGCUAACAGAUUAUUAGCAGAUAAACUUAACAAACUGUCGUAAAUCAGAGGAAGCUAAAGAGACUUCAUAACUAAGUGUGAUUGGGUGUUCUGGAUGGGAUUACGGAAUAGAAGAAAGGACAUUAGGUAAACACUAGUGAGGUGUGGAAUUUAGUUCGUAAUACUGUGUCAAUAUUGGUUCAUUGAUGUGACACAUGUACCAUAGCCAAGGACACACUCAGAAAAUAUUCAUCACAGAGGAGACUGUGUGAGUAUGUGGGAAUUCGCUCUCCUAGCUUCACAAUCUUUCUAUAAACCUAAAACUAUUCCAAAAUAAAAAGGUUGUUAAAAAAUAAAGUCUUAUCCCAAAGUUAGCAUAUGCUAAGCAUCCAAAAUGAAGAAAACUUGGAAAAUCAUUAAGAAGUACAAAUGAAGUAUCAUUCAAGAAAAAGGUAGAUCAGCAGUAUCAUUCAGCAUCAUGUGUGUUUUUGGACAAAUUGUUCUGACUGAUGAAAAGCCCCUGGGCAGAGUUUUAUUCAGCAAGCAUAUUUACUGUAAUGUGAAUAGUUGAGUCAUUGGUCUUCAUCUCAGUGCAUAAGUGAUCCUGCUUUAAAAUUUUUAAUGUAAAAAUUAGGGUAGUUCACUAACAAAAUGCCAGCAUUCAGUAAUUGCCAGAAUACCACAACCUGGUGUUGCAAUGACUCUUUGGACCUUAUUUCUCCCUGGAAGCAUGACAGGAGAGAGGGAGAAGUCACGUCCUCCCGUUGAGUGGCAGGCAGGAGGCCAGGGUGGGAACAGCUAUUGGGCAGCUCCUCCAACCUGGGAUUAGUCCAGGCUCUCUUCGGUCUCAGUGACAGAAACCUCCCCCAAUCCAGCUUAGAUGGAAAAGGGGUUUGCUGGGCAAUACUGGGCUAGCCUCUGGAGUCUGACAUUGGAAGGGCAGUUAUGCAGCUGGGUUUCCAGGAGAACGAGAAUCAACAGCACAAGCUCCUCUGGACUCUGCCCCUGCCCUAUGGUCCCUGUCCGCCUCGCAGCGUUCUCCGGAGGAACUGGCCCAGGAUCUGUCCCACUCCAAGUGCAGACACCCUAGAUAGAGAGGCUGCAGUUGGCUCGGGAUCAGUCAACUCUGAUUCAUCUUGAGAAUAUAGGCUUGAUCCCUGGACACUCACCCAGGUCUGCUGAGGGCUGGUCACAGGGAAGGGAAGUCAAGUAUCAUGUGUGUGUGUGUGUGUGUGUGUGUGUGUGUGUGUUAGUUGCUCAGUCAGGUCCAACUCUUUGUGACCCCAUGAACUGUAGCCCAUCAGGCUCCUCUGUCCACGGGAUUGUCCAGGCAAGAAUACUGGAAUAAGUUGCUAUUCCCUUCUCCAGGGGAUCUUCCCGACCCAGGGAUUGAACCUAGAUCUCCUGCAUUGCAGGCAGAUUCUUUACUGUCUGAGCCACCCAUGGAAAGUCAUU